UCCCGCCUCAGCGAAGCCUCGCGAGAUCUCGCCCCGCCCCGCUCGCCUUUGCCUGCUCUCGCGAGAACCUCGCCCUUUCUCUCCCUCGCGCACGCCGGCAAGAUGCCUUCCCGCCUCAGGAAGACGCGGAAGCUGAGAGGACACGUCAGCCACGGCCACGGCCGCGUGGGCAAACACAGGAAGCAUCCUGGAGGUCGUGGUAAUGCUGGUGGUUUGCACCAUCACAGGAUUAACUUUGAUAAAUACCACCCUGGUUACUUUGGGAAGGUGGGCAUGAGGCACUACCACCUGAAGAGGAACCAGAAGUUCUGUCCCACGGUGAACCUGGACAAGCUGUGGACGCUGGUCAGCGAGCAGACCAGGCUCAACUACGCCAAGAACGAGGCGGGCCUGGCCCCGGUCAUCGACGUCGUGCGCUCGGGCUACUACAAAGUGCUGGGCAAGGGAAAGCUGCCCAAGCAGCCUGUCAUUGUGAAAGCCAAGUUCUUCAGCAGAAGAGCAGAGGAGAAGAUCAAAGAAGUUGGUGGUGCCUGUGUGCUUGUGGCAUAAAAGUUUUUGUUUUAUUCAAAUUUUUUGAAUAAACAAUGCAUAAAAUGAGCUGGUUUACAGAA